AUGGGUACAUUCGAUCAGAGCAAAGCGUACGCAGUUCAGGAGGAAGAGGGUGCUUUCUUUGACGAUGGAAGAGAGAUUGAGCUUCUUCACUUUGUGUACUCGCACCCGAACAUCGAGAAGAUACGUGGCUCGCCUGCCCACGUUCUCGCUGCGAUUGACGAGUAUGGGCGAACAAAAAAGUAUUUGAUGAAUGUAGGAGAGGACAAGGGUCGAAUUGUUACAGGCUUGAUUGCGGAAGUCAAGCCAAACAUAAUGGUCGAGCUCGGCGGCUACGUAGGCUACUCUUGCAUCCUCUUCGGCGAUGCAGUACGCAAAUCCGGCGGCGAGCGAUAUUUCAGCUUAGAGCGCGAUCCUGCAUUUGCCGCGGUCAUCAUGUCUCUAGUCGAACUCGCAGGCCUCUCAGAUAUCGUCAAAGUAGUUGUUGGAUCAAGCGACGAGAGCAUUGCACGACUAGCCUCGUCAGGCCAACUAAAGCGUAUCGAUCUCAUGUUCCUAGAUCACUACAAACCCGCAUACACGACUGAUCUGAAGCUUUGUGAAGAGCUCGGCCUGGUAACAAAGGGUUCAGUACUGGCGGCUGAUAAUGUUAUCAAGCCUGGCAACCCGCCGUAUCUCAAGUACGUCCGGGCCAGCGUCGAGGACAAAGUGAAGGAAGCGGGCGAGGGCGGUGCGACCAAUCUCAAUGGCAUUGCUGAGACGAACGUCAAAAUGUACGAGAAAAGAUACGGGAAGGCCAAGUUCAGCGAGAGCAAGGGCAACCCGAAUCUGAAGUACGAGAGCAAGCUGGUGAACAGCUACGAGCCAACAGGUGUUCCUAAUGGCCGCGUGCCAUUCUACCAUCGCCAUGUGUGGAAGAAUGUCUUACUGCUGGUUUUGAGCUUGAUUUCCGCGCCCAUUUCGGCGGCAGUGGUAUUCAUCAGUCUAGCGGUGUCGAAACUUCACGGACAACGCACGGCGACUUUCUUGAAAGAGCACAAGCAACAUGGAGCAGCAAUACAACAACGGAGAACGAUUCUCAUAACUGGAGUGUCUAUGACCAAAGGCCUCACCAUCGCGCGCAAUUUGUCCCAGCAUACGCCCCACCGCAUCAUCGGCGCCGAUAUCUCUGCUCUAUCACCAGGUCGCUUCUCCUCUGCUAUUUCCAGAUACUACCGCCUGGAUGCCCCAAGUGGUGACGAUGCGGAACCGUAUAUUGACUCUAUCCUUGCCAUUAUGCGGACUGAGAAAGUGGACCUGUGGAUAUCCUGCUCAAGCGUUGUAGCUGCCGUGGAAGAUGGCCAGGUCGUCCGACUAGCAGAAAAGCAAGCAAAAGAGCAAGGAAGACGGUUCGAAGCCAUUCAGUUCCGCGAAGAUGUCGUGCAGAAAUUCCACGAAAAGGACAAAUUCAUCGACUACAUCGAUUCGCUCAACCUCACUACCCCGGAGUCACUUCGCUGCACGUCACCGUAUGAAGCGCUAGACGUCCUCAUGCGGGAACUACACACCAAUUCACCGAGGUCUCGCAGGAAGCAAAAUGGGAAACAGAUCGUGGUAAAGAAGUACAUCAUGAAGCCCAUCGGCGUAGACGACAAAGCACGCGACAAUAUGAUGACACUCCUCCCUUUCUCGACUGUAGAUGCAACCACGAGGUACAUCCGCAGUCUCAACAUCAGCAAAUCCAACCCUUUCCAACUGCAGCAGUUCAUCAAAGGCAAAGAAUACUGCACACACGCGCUCGUCAUCCGCGGAAAAGUCAAAGCGUUCACGUGCUGUCCGAGUCUAGAGCUCCUCAUGCAUUACGAGCCUCUCCCUCCUUCCUCAAGCCUAAGCCAGGCGAUGUUGAAGUUCACCGAACGCGUCUGCAGAGAUGGAGGGGAGUCAUUCAGCGGACACUUGAGCUUCGAUUUCUUCGUGGAAGAUGGGAAGAAGGACGGCGCAGAAGUGAAGUUAUAUCCCAUUGAAAGCAAUCCGCGAGCGCAUACCGCAGUGGUGCUCUUCGAACAGACACCAGAACUGGCAGACGCAUAUUUGUCCAUUUUCAACCGCUCCAGUACCGCAAACAAGUAUAGCUCCACGCCAGUCUUCCCGCGUGCACCGACGUACAGCUACUACUGGAUCGGCCACGACGUCGUCUCGUACUGUAUCCUUCCUAUUCUAGACGUCUUGUUCGGCCGUGGAUCAUGGCGGAAUGUCGUAAAUGGACUGUCGGUGCUAUGGACUCAUCUCGUGUACUGGAAGGAUGCCACAUUGUCGCUCGAUGAUCCUUGGCCGUUCUUCGUGCUGUAUCAUGUAUACUGGCCAGCGCGGUUUGUGGAGGCACUGAGGAGGGGGAAGGCGUGGAGUCGUAUCAACGUCAGUACGACGAAAGUGUUCGAGGGGUAA